AAAAACAACAACUAUACCUGGUAUAAUACCAGUAAAAGCCUCGACCUGGCUUGAAUCUUGGCCAACCCCCAAAAUCUCGGGCUCCCCACAUUUAAUAGCCAACUUUCGUGCAAUAACGACGCCGCCACGGCUCUCCGGCUCUUUUUUUCCUACUCCCCAUCACACUCUCAUCGAAAUAGAGGCGACACAAUCAUCACACGACCGUAUGUGAAAUGUGUUAUUGAAUCAAAACAAAUCCGGAAGCCCAUUCGAAACGAUAACAACUCGGGACAGUGCUCUCGAAAAUAAUUUUUGGCAAGAAAAAUAGUAAUUCCAAAAUCGAUAUAAGAACGCCGCGAGUGUUCGGUGUUUGUUUCGAAAGAGUGAGAUAGAUACGCCCGCAACUCAACGCGCAGCAUCCACAAAUCCGUGUUGUAGCAAAAAGCCGGAGAGUGCAUCAUCCGAAUUGUCACUGGAAAGUGGAACUAUCUUUGAGAUACAAUAUUUUCAAGUCAAGACCUUUGACGCUGUUGAUUUUAAUUGUUGCGUGGAACUUUUAAAUAGGAUAGAAGAACAGACGAGCAGAGCAUAAUGGUGGACUUCCGCUUUGACAUCAAACCCCUGUUCCCCCAACCGAUCAUCAAGGUGACAUCGAACCUCCUGCCGCACACCUUCCGCGGCGACAGGCGUCAGUGCUUGGACGCCACCUCGAAGAUGUCGGAGAUCAUUGACAGUUUGGGUCAGCUCUCGGCCACCUCCCAGGGCCUCAACAAGCCGGUGACCACCGCCCAACGGCUGCGAAUGUGCGACACCCAGACCAUCUAUCUGCUGGCCGAUACUGAAGCUGGUCACAACGGCGCCGUCGCUGGUUUGUUGAAAGUUGGCACCAAGGACUUGUAUCUAUUCGACGAGACUGGACAGUCGCGCAAGGUGGAGAAUGCGCCGUCCAUUCUGGACUUCUAUGUCCAUGAGACACGUCAGCGGGCCGGACUGGGAAAGCGACUGUUUGAGACAAUGUUGCAGGAGGAGAAGUGGACACCGGUGAAGUGCUCGGUGGAUAGACCGUCGGAGAAGCUAGUGGGAUUCCUUAGAAAGCAUUACGGCCUAAGGCAUAUGAUUCCGCAGGCAAACAACUUCGUGUUGUAUCACGGCUUCUUCGACGGUCCUGGAGCGCCUGCGGCCAAUGGUAAUGGGAAUGGCAACGGAGACGCCCAGUCACCGCAGCACGCCACCCGGAACAAUGGACUCCACAUCACAAACAGUCCUAACACACAGCUCUUUGGUGCUACUUACCUGGGCGAGGAUUCUAACCGCCGUCGUGGCUCCCAGCAGCAGAACUCACCCAAUACCCUGAUCCAGCAGAUAACCCAAAUCUCUCCGUCCGGACGUUAUGGGGCACCGCGUCCCACCUGCAGCAUGGCCGAGAUAAUUCAUGCUGGAAACUCGAAAAACGGCAAGGGUGGUGGCAGCAGUGCAGAAUCCAACAGCGGCAAUGGACACGACAUUGCAGAGAUUGCCGCCCAGCUGGAGCAGCAGACUCUGGCCGAUAUUGAAGCCCAGCGGUAUGAGCCGGAGUUCGAGCCAGAGCCAGAGGUAGAGCCAGAACCAGAGCCAGAACCCGAACCCGAACCCGAACCAGAGGUUAUAACACCACCAUCGCCGCCGCCAAAGAGCCACACUCCCACUCCCCCGACAGUGCGAUCUCCGGAGGUGGCGGAGAGCAUCAUCGGCGACAACCGCCGGCCACCGGCAUUCCAGCUGAGCAAGCAGCACACGGGCAUGAAGAACCGCUCCUUUGGCGUCGGCAUGGCGGUGAUGCCGAGCAGCAAAAUGGAAUUCGAUCAGAUGGAGCGCGAGGACUUCGGUGUGGUGAAAAUCAAUCGUCCCCCGGGACAUGAUGUCACUUCGCCGGGCCAGGACAAUACGGAUGCAAUGUCCACGGUGUCGUCCGGCGGUGGAGGAGGAGGCCUCACCGAUCAGGGCUACUACGAUCUCAAAUUCUAUCACAACAAGUUGUGGUAAAGGCAACAUUUGCCUUCCAAUAACGGAGUUGGCAUAUUUUGUACGUCUGGCAUAAGCAUAAUUAACAAAAUUAAUCUAGGCUUAAGAACGUAUUUAUCCUUAAACACUCCUUAACGGUUCCUGUACUUCAGUUCGAUGAUUUCGAUGUGAGCUUCUUCAGACUUUUGUUGAUUUGUUCAUUUGUUAAAAGCAACGCACUUCUAGCCACACAAUUACAAUGUUAACAAUAGAAAAAUGAAUUGUAUGUAGACUAAUUUCCAACACAAUAAUUCCAACUAAAUAAUUAGAUAAAAAAAAAUAUAACACGUCUGUAUCUUCCAAUUACAGAAAACGCGAAUAUUUCGAACAAAUCUAUAGUGAAUACAUGCUCUAAUAGGCACAGCGCCAUCAUCAUAACAAUAAUCGUCAUUUUCUAACAUUUAGUUUAUAGAAGAGACCCCCCCUAAAAUGCAAACUAGAUUAAAGACCGAGAUAUAAACAAA